AUGUAGCAAGUUGAAGUAGAAUAAAACAAUGAGAAUUUUGCAUCUGUAAAACAAAAUCUAUAGGAGAUUGUUAAAAUGCCUACCAUUAAUAUAAAUGGAAGCUAGUAAGCACAUAAUAUUUUGAUAAAUAAAUAGCUUGAUUCAUUAAAUUUCUUAGAUUCUAAAAAAGAUUAGUAAGCAAAUAAGCCAUCAGAUUAUCAUGAAAAAAAUAUUUAAAAAAGCAAUGAAGUGAUAAGUAAAGUUAUUUAAAUAAAUGAAAACUAGAACAAUAUAAACAAACUCCAGCCAUAAUAAUUAACAAUAAACACAAAUUUAACAUAGCAUAUUACAAAUUAAAAGUAAAAAAUAAAAAUUUCAACCCAAAAUUUAGAGAAGCUAUCUUCAAAAGAAAAAUUUGAUCUUGCUAUUUUAGCUCUGAAUUAACCUGCUAACUAAAGAAAUCCAGUAGAGCAAAAGCUUAUUGAAGAUACAAUAGAUUCAUUUGCAUAUAUACAGAAAAUGAAAAAGAGAAAGCCUACUCUUGCAAAGUAAGUUGCUAGAGUUGUGGAACAUUAAAAAUGCUAGAAGGGGUAAGCUGUUUUUUUCGCUGGACAACAACCUGAAAAAUUCUAUAUGAUUUUAAGAGGAAAAGUAGCAGUUUUGCUUAAAAAAUCAGACACUUAAAUUGCUAUGGAUAGAAAAAAUGGGAAAGUAAUCAAUGUAUAAAACAUUAUAGAUAGAAAAAAUGCUUAAAUUAGUGGAUUUGAUUUUCUACUAGAAAAAAGAGAUUCAUUGGAUAUUGGGAGCAUUUAAAACACACCUAAAUCUCCAUCUAAAGGCAAUAUUCCUAGUUAGUUCUCUUAAUAAAGAUAAACUUAAAAUACUAAUGAAAAUAAUUCCCCGCUUUUCAAAAAUAAUUCAUUUCUAUUUGUAAACUCAAAUUAAAAUGGGUUAUUUGGAAGAAAAUCUAGUUUACAAGGAGUAAAUAAUUUUAGCAGCUAAAAUUUGUAAAAGCCCAAAAAUAUGAGCAUAUUCAAUAGCUAGUUUUUCAAUGAAAAAAAUAGUAACGAUUUAUCUCUAUCUACUGAGGUUAAUUAAUCGCCUUUAGAUUUAAUUUCAUAGAUUCAAAAAGAUAACGCGAAUAACAGCUCACUAGAGGCAAAUACUCCAACUUUAAAAUAGAAUACCUAAUCCAAGCAGAAUGGAAGACACAGAAAUACGAUUGCUCUCUCUAAAAAUAACUCUGUUGUAAAAUAAGAAAGCAAAUAAACAGAAUUUGUUUCUAAAAAUAUUCAUUUGUUGCCUGAAGAACUAGUAGAUAUUGAAAAAUUCUAUGAUAAUGGCGUGUUUCGUUAUGAGUUCGCAAAAGAAUUAGAAUAAGGAUCAGCUUUUGGUGAAAUGGGUUUGCUACUUAAGGUACCAAGAACAGCAACAAUUUUAUCAUUAGAAGACACAGAUUUUGUAUGUAUGAGCAAAUAAAAUUAUUAACAAAUCAUCAAGUCUUUAGAGAAUUACAAAUUAGAGCAAAAAAUAUAAUUCUUCCAUUAAGUCCUUCAUUUUGAUCUGAAAAUUGAAGAGUUUGGAAAAUUGUGCAUAGAUUUUUCUCAAAAAAAAAAGUUUAUUAAAGAUCAGCAUAUAUUCAAAGAGGGUGAUAAGGCAAAUGAAGUUUUAGUAAUAAAAUCAGGCGAAAUAGAAUUAUAUAAAAAUAUUGUCGGGAAAGACGGAAAAAAGAAGAAAAUCCAAUUAAGUUAUAUUGGAGCUGGAGAAAUUAUUGGUGUUGAGGAAAUCUUCUUUUAGAACAAAGAAAGAUAUUAUAAUGCAAGAUGCCUUCACGAAGUAAAAGCGUACUAUAUCAACAAGUAUCUUUUUAUAAGACUAAUGCAUGAAAUUCCAGACCUUAAGAAUAUUAUGGAAAAGAGAGCUAAAAAUAAAGUAAAAUGGUAAGAAUUCAAAACAUAAGAAAUCAUUGAACAACAUAAGAUUGAAGGAUUUAUAGAUCAUGAUGUUUAAUUAGACAUACCUCAGUCUGAUAAAUAAUUGUUUACUUUAGAUUUAAAAGAACUAACAAAGAAAAACAAGAAAGAAUAAAGUCCAGAAGAUUAAAAAAACACAAAAGAAAAUAAUCAACAUCAGUCAUAAUCAGAAUGUUAAUCACCUUUGAAUUUCAAAAGUACAAAUAUAGAUUCUAUCAAUCACAAACAAAGAGGAAGCGAUUUGAUGCUUGCCCAUGUUAGAAAGCUGCAUGAAAAGAAUGAAGAAUUAUCUUAAAAAACUUUGGUAUCGUUAAAGCACAAAGUUUAAGAAGAAGCUUUAAGAGGAUACGAUAAAAUUGAAGAUCAAAUUAAAACAAAAGAAAAAAUUUUAGAAAUGAUUGAAAAAAAUUAGCAUAAUCUAAAUGUUACCAGUACCUAGAACUAGUUUUAGGAUAAGAAAAGAUAAAGUGAGUUAGAUGAAACCCACAACUAAGUUGGUCAUCUUAUAUGUAACGAAAAUUGGUUUGACUUAGACAAAAAAAAAUAACUAGAACAAAAAAUUGCUGAUGCAAUUAAAGUUCGUAGAAAACCACCUGGAAAUACUAAAAUACACUUUUUAAAACUGAAAUAAAAAGUUAAUACCUUACCUAGCUCUUAGAGUGCCGCUUAGCUAACAAUAGAGACAAGUAUGAAAUCGUAGACUGAUUUAUCUUCACUGCCAUAUGACAUUCGGAAAAAACUUGUGAAAUUCAAAAAAGAACGUGAUAGAUCUUAAUUUAAUGAAUAUAUAAAUUCUCUUUAAGACAUACCUUAAGACGAGCUUCCUUCGCCACUUUCAAAUUCAUCGAGUUAGUUAUACUCAUUGAGCGCUCUAAGGAAAGUAGGAAAACCAAACCUUUCUCUCAGCACAAAUGACAAGAGCACAAAAUAAGUAUUUUUCGCCUAAUCAGAGGCUUCCAUGGGAGAAAUAAGCACUCCUUCUCCAACAAUUCCUAAAAAUGGAAGAUUUGGAGCUAUUCACAGUAGUUUAAAUUAAUUAUUUAGCUAUCCUUCCUAGAAUUAAAAAAAUUAUUAAUUACUGACUUGUAAUAAAACAAACAACUCAUAAAGCUCAUUUUCUGAUAUAAAAGAAGAACCUAUACUAGAAAGUUAAUUGAGUUAAAAGAAUAUCACUUCUGGCUAAAAAAAAUUUAAUGUUUUCCCUUAAUCAAGCAACCUGAAGGGUUUAAAAAUGAUGUAAAAAUAGAGUACUCUUUAAGAAUUAGAUGAUGAAUAUGAAAAAGAUAAAGAAAUCUAAUAAGGCGAAUAGAAAAGUUCAUUAGAAAAUUUCCAUAACAUAUAAAAUAGUUAAGAAUAAGAAUAAAAUAACCAUAUCUAAAGUUAUCUUGUAAAACCAUCAUCAUAAUCCAAGAUAAGAUCUUAAAAUAAUACGAAUAAAUUAAACACUUAACAAUCUAAUCAAUAGACAUUAAUUAGUAGCAUAUAAUAUAAAAGCUUAAAUGAAAUAGAGUAGAUUUUAGCUGAAGAUAAGAAAUAAAAUACUCAUUCAAGAGCAAAUAAGUUGUCAUUUUAAACUGAUUUUAGCCAUCAAAAUCAAUUAACUAGUUAAGAUCAUCUCUCUAAUGCUGGUUUAACACUACCUAAAAUUAGAAACUCUGAAAAUUUACUUUCUCAUUUAGUUUCGCCUUCACCUAAAAAUCGAUAAUACUUGUAAGGAGGAUUUAAAAGUACUAAAAUAUAGAAGAAAACAAUAGAUUCAAAGUCUUCUAGCUUUUCUACUAAAUUUGAAAAACAUCCUCCUGAGUUCAUAAUAAAAUCUCAUCAUAUUUAAAGUUAAGGCCUUAAAAAAAUACCUUAAAACUAAUAAAAAAAUUAAAUGAAUUAAACUAGUACAAAUUAAAUAUCCAGCUUUUCUUAAGUAGAGAAGAAAUCAAAUAAUAAUAACAGGUCUUAAUCUUUUCAAAUUAAAAUCUCUCAUAAGGUUUGA